CGCAGACGCAGACGCAGAGCUCAGUUUUCGCAGAGUGUGCUCUGUGAUGUUCACCCUGAUCUCCUCUCCCACAGACAGCCAGCUGCUUCCAGGGAAUAACUUCACCACUGAGUGCAACAUUCCCGGGAAUUUCAUGUGCGGAGACGGGAAGUGUGUCCCGGGUGGGUGGCAGUGCGACGGGCUCCCAGACUGCUUCGACAAGAGCGACGAGAAGGGCUGCCCCAAGGUGAAGUCGAAGUGUGCUCCCACGUUCUUCGCCUGCGCCAACGGGAUCCACUGCAUCAUCGGCCGCUUCCGCUGCAACGGGUUCGACGACUGCCCGGACCGAAGCGACGAACACAACUGCACAGCCAAUCCGCUGGUUUGCUCCGCGGCGAGGUUCCACUGCAGAAAUGGGCGCUGCGUGGACCGCAGCUUCCUGUGCAACGGCCAGGACAACUGCCAUGACAACAGCGACGAGGAGAACUGCCAGACCACCUCAGAGGCCCCCAGCCAGGACUUUGUGACGCUGGACUACCGGCUGCGGUACUAUCCCAGCAUCACCUACGCCGUCAUCGGCAGUGCGGUCAUCUUCGUCCUGGUGGUGGCGCUGUUGGCCCUGGUGCUGCACCACCAGAGGAAGCGGAGCGUUCUCCUGCCCCGGGGGGUCCGGGGGGGGCACCACCACCAGCCCCUCCUCCUGUCGCGGCUGGUGAUCCUGGACCGAAUGCCGGGCCAGGCUGGUCUAAGCCCAGGUCCCCCCCCGGGCCCCCCCCCCGGGCCCUUCGGCACGGCAGCCAGCCUGCAGCUGCUCUCCGGCUCCCUGCACCCCCCCGGCCUGCCCCUCGACUCCCCGCCCUCCUACUCACAGGCUGUGCUGGACGCCAGCCGGCCACCCUGGUUCGACCUCCCACCUCCGCCCUACCCCCCCGAUGGGGGGGCACCUCCCCAGAGGGACCUGCCCCCAUAUGAAGCCCACGUGGACCAGCCUGAGCCAACACCCAGGCCCCGCCCACAGGAGGAGUCUGACCAGCUGUAGCCCCGCCCCCUAUCAGACUGCAUGUACAUGAGUGACAGUGACGGGGGGAGAUGGACUCCGAAAGGCUGCACGAACAGAAGAGGGGGCCAAGGGGGGAGCCCAGGUGCACCAUCAUGCCACGGGCCCCAGAGGAAAGAGGCUGAACAUGGGAACACAGUCAAACUCAAACUCCACCUCCUGCUCACCCCCUUACCCAUGAGGCAUUGUGCUGCACAGCAUUCCCCGUGAUAUAGACUGUUUUUGGUUUUAGAGACUUGGAGAUGCACCCUGCCCCGUAUGCAGUCAUGGCUGCUCAACACACAGGUGCGGGUGACUGAGAAAGUGGGAGCGGCCAUUUUGGGUUCCCAUGGCAACACGUUGCUGGAAUCAUCAUCAUUGUGAUUGCCUAGGCAGUAUUCUCCCAGAACCUGGCCAAAACUCCCGACUGUGAACGUGCAGGUCCUACAGCUUCAGUGAAGUCUGCCCGGUCCAGUGAAGGACGUUUCUCUCCACAGACCAUCCGGACUGGAGUCUGGGAGACUGGACAGGGCUCUUAGAGACAGUGUCAGUGUUAUUAGCACCAUGUCCACCAGGGGGAGACAUUUCAGCUUUGCGCACUUACAGGUGUGCCAGAACAAAUCAGAUCAGAUCCACACUUGUCAAUGAUAUACAAGUAUUUGGUUACAUAUAAGUAGCUUUUUAUUAGUAGAAGUUUACACUAUAUUUUACCAGUGUCCUGAUCCAAUAUAAUGUAUAUUUUGGGAAAAAAAAUGGUAAAAUAAUCGGUGGACUUGUAGGAUUUUGAUGGAUAUUUGAAACAUUUUUAAAUGCGUUACUGUUACAAUUUGUUACAAGUUUAUGUAUAACCAAAUAAUAUUUAUCUGGUAUUUGCAGGGAGUGAGGUUCUUUAACUGGAAUGAUUUAGUGACUGCAGGACCAGGUAAUUAAAGUGUGAAAGCUUGGUUUGAUGUUUACAAAAUGUGCCUCUCUAAGGACACAAUCAAGAACUGUUAUGGGGAUGAAGAGUCAUUCGUACCCAAGAUAAUCUAAUUAACAAAUCAUCUGGGAUCACCUGCUCUUAAUUACAAAUUAAUGGCUGGUUCGGCUGGCAGAAAUAUCCAUCAGAAUCCUGCAAACCUAACAUUGGGAUUUAAACAUGUAGUGGAGGCAGGAUGUAGAGAACUUUAUAUAGGAAGAACUUAAACCAAAGCUAUUUAAAGGAAGUAUUGUUUUGAGCAGCAUAUCGGUCUGUAAAGGCCUUGCUGUAGCGCAUGGUUAGGCUCUAGAAUCACUGAGAUCUUCUGUUCAGACUGCUUUCACACACACGCACGCACACACACACACACACACAUCCACACACACACACACACACACAUGCA